AUGCUCUCGCUCUCGAUCACGCCACACCCGCUCUUGCUCCCGAUCACGGUCUCGCUCGCGGUCGCACUCUCGGUCUCGCCAAAGAAAAAGAGCCGGGCGAACGCGUUCCAGGGCUCGCCUGCUGUGCUGCCGCCGAUUGCUGGGCGGCGGCGGGCUGGAGGGUCGGCCUCGUCGCGGACGCCGAGAGAUGGUUACGCUGGCUCGUAUAACAAUGGCCAGGCGGUGGACGGACUUCCGCGGGCGGAUCUAUUCGAGGCGUGCCAGGCGCUCGACAUCGAAGCGCUGCAGGUGAUGCUUGACCACGGCGAAACCCGAAUGUCAAGCUCGGCUCGGGAGUGA